GAUGGCGAAUGCAUUCCCAGGUGGGCUGGGUGACGCCAAGGAGCGGCUGGAUGGGCUGGGGCCAUCUGGGCUGGGUGGACUAAGUGCAGGCGGCUUGGGUGGCUUAGGGAAUGUUGCAGUGUCCAUGGCUGGCUCCCUUGGCAGCAGUGGCACCUUAAAUCUUGGAAACAACAGCACAGGCAGCAGUGGUGGUAUUUGUCCAAUGUGCAUGGGAAUCCUGGAGGAGGCUCGAGUGCUGCCAUGUCUCCAUGCAGUGUGCAGCCCAUGCCUAGAUUCUCUUUUAGUGGGCACCACCCUUGCCUGUCCUACAUGUCACACUGAGCUCAACCUUGACCAGCCGCUGGACACAUUAACUGCACCACCCUUUUUGCCAUCACUCCUUGACAUUGUAUCCACUGACGACGACCUCCCCACCAACUCUCCACCCACUAAUGUCAGUAAGCCCCCUGUACCCCACAUCAACAAUCGUGAGCAGCUGGCACCUCUCCCCCGUAUACAUAAGGAACUCUCAGGUGGUGUGCGGAGUAAGCUGUAUCUCUGUGCAAGUUGUGAUGACAGACAGGCAGCAACUUCACGGUGUCGAGACUGCAAUGAAGCCCUCUGUGACUCUUGCGUUCGCGCUCACCAGAGAGUUCGGCUUACUAAAGACCAUUUCAUUGUGAGAUUAUCUGAGGAUGGUAAUGGCCUCAUAGGAGUUGGAGGCAAUGGGAAUGGGAGAGUCUCCGGCCACUCCCACUACCCUGAGGAUAACUGCCACACUCCAUUGAGUCUGUCUUCACCACCACCUACACUAUCCUCACAUUCCUCGCCUCAUCCAACUGUCAUGUACUGCAGCAUUCAUGAGGGCGAGGUGUUACGACUCUACUGUGACAUGUGUAAUGCUGCCAUCUGUCGGGAGUGCACACUGCGGGAUCACCGUGGCCAUUCCUUCAUUUACCUGCAAGAUGCUGCAGAGAAUUCAAGAUCUGUCACACUAAAGCUCUUAACAGAUGCCAGGACUGGGAUUCGCACCAUUGAAGACAGCAUUGGUGUGACAAAGCGCAUGGUUGACCGAGUUGAUCUACGUGCCCAAGCAGUUGCAAGUGAUGUACGUUCCACUACCAGGAGACAUAUUUCUGCCCUAGAGGACCGUGAGCGAAAGCUGCUGCAUAAAGUUGAGAAAAUUCGGCAAGUGAAAGGCAAAACACUACAGGACCAAAUUGAUGAUUUAAGUUCUGCCUUAGCAAGGCUAACCCAUACAGUAGAUACUGUUGGCUCAUCAGUGGACAGCAUUAAUCACAUAGAACUGAUACAGAUGCGUGAUAAAAUUCUUGCAGAAAUGAAUGAGUUGAGACAAGUAAAAGCUCAUCUUAGCCCCCAUGAAGAUGAUAACAUAGUGUUUACCCCACCUGAUGUCUCUUUGUAUCAGGCCAUUAAUGCAAUGGGUUUCAUCUCCUCUUCUGGGUAUGCACCAAAUUCUGUGGCAGUGGGAAAUGGCUUGAAACAAGCAUUGCGAGGGAAAUUAGCUACUUUUUUAGUGCAUGGAAAGGACCAUCUUGCAGAUCAAAGGCUUGUAGGAGGUGAUCAAGUUACAGUAACUGUGCAUGGCCCUGAUGGUUUGUCCUUUAAGGGUGAUGUACAGGAUCGUGGGAAUGGUUCCUACUUAGUAAGCUACAGACCACAGGUGGAAGGGCAGCAUAUGAUAGCAGUGCAGAUGCGAGGUAUACACAUUCAGGGCUCACCUUUCACAGUACAAGUAAAGUCAGGAAGAAGUUACUCCAGUGUGGGACCUGUGUUAUUAACUCUUGGAGGAGAGGGUGAAGGGGAAGGUCAGCUAUGUCGACCCUGGGGUGUCUGUUGUGACAAGGAUGGUUACAUCAUCAUUGCUGACAGGAGCAAUAACAGAGUGCAAGUUUUUAGUCCAGAUGGCAGCUUCCAUCAUUCAUUUGGAACAGCUGGUUCCCGUCCAGGACAAUUUGAUAGGCCAGCUGGUGUUGCAGCAGAUCACAUGGGUCGCAUUAUUGUGGCUGAUAAGGACAAUCACCGUAUCCAAGUGUUCACUUUUGAUGGAACCUUCAUUUUUAAGUUUGGAGAAAAGGGAAGUAAAAAUGGACAGUUUAACUAUCCAUGGGAUGUCGCAGUUAAUACAGAAGGAAACAUUGUUGUUUCAGAUACCAGAAAUCAUCGAAUACAACUCUUUCGGGCAGAUGGCACUUUCAUCAACAAAUAUGGCUUUGAGGGUGCACUUUGGAAACACUUUGACUCUCCUCGUGGAGUUUGCUUCAAUCAUGAAGGUCACAUAGUUGUCACAGACUUCAAUAAUCAUCGUCUUUUGGUAAUUCACCCAGAUUUUCAGUCAGCAAGAUUUCUUGGUAGUGAGGGCUCAUCAUCAGGCCAGUUUUUAAGGCCUCAGGGAGUAGCAGUUGAUCAGGAAGGGCACAUUAUUGUGGCAGAUUCUCGUAAUCAUCGUGUCCAAAUAUUCCAACCUAAUGGUAAUUUUCUAUGUAAAUUUGGAAUGCCAGGGUCUGGCCAAGGCCAGCUUGACCGUCCAAGUGGCAUAUGUGUGUCUCCAGAUGGCUACAUUAUUGUGGUUGACUUUGGUAAUAAUCGGGUCCAAGUUUUCUGAAAGGCCCCUUACCUAUAAUAUAAACUGUUAUAUUUGUGAAUGUUUUAUAUUUAAUAGGUUCGAGUCAGUGUCAGUUGUAGUGUGUCAGGAAUGACUUGUCUCCCCAUAAGUGUCUUGCAUACCAAGUACAAAGUACAAAAGUGAUGAAACAUCGUACAAAUUUUACAGGUAUGUUGGUGUGUCUCGACUCGCCAUGGUAAUAAUAAUAGUUCACUCAGUGUUUGGAGAGAGAUACAGGGUAUACUUUUAGUGUCAGAACCUUGAAAGUGUUAUAAAUACACAUUCACAAUUUUAUUUGAUGAACUCAGGUAUGAAGUGCCCUCUUGGUAGAGAAUGAGAUGGACGAAUGUUUAGAUAUGUUGAUGGGGAACCAAUAAGAUAAGGAUAAGUGUUACCCUUAAAACAAUAGGAAUCAUUUGCCAUCAGAGUUAAUUGCACAAAGCUUUCUAUUUAGUAAGAAAAGGCCUUUUAAGUAGAGAUUAGACAAGAGAGCCAAAGUAGGAAGCAUUUAUGCAAUCUAUUAUAGGUCAUUUCCAAACAGGUGAAUGAUUGCUGCAUGUUUUAACGAUUGAAGCUCUUGUGGAGAUUAUGGAGGGGUAAAAGAGGCAAUUUUAGAAACUGGUUUUGCCUAGUAGGGAAAUAGUCAUAUGAGCAGGACUUGCCUUAUGUGACAGUGUAAUAUUUUCCUUGAAAUGAAAGGUAGAAGUGUGCCCAUUGCCAUUAUAUGAGGAUAUAAUUAGUUUCAUGGAAAGAUAACUGAAACUAGAUUAUUCUCAAGUGUUUGUAAUAAAAGGAGAAGCUGUGGUGCUCACAUUAGGUAAACUUGUUCCUUACCACAACUAGUUGUGGUUUAUAGAUUUUUACUGUUUUUCAAAGUAUUAACUCAGGGAUGCAGUUCAUUGUUUGUCUUUAAAACAUCAUUCCACUUUUGGAGCCAUAAUGAGUGUGGAAGUUGAGUGAUAGCAGAAGAAAGAAUGUGGCUGUGAGAAUUCAAGUUUAAACUAUGAAUUUUGUAAUACUGCAUAAAUGUACAAAUAAGCAUAUGAAGAGGUGGUUGGGUGUAUGUGUGUGAAAGGGGGCAUGUACAAUGUGUAUUUUUAUACAUGUUUUUUAUGUGCAUUUGUGCAUGCUAAUAGUUUUAGAUUUUGUUAACUUGCAGGUGACUUAAUGUUUGUAUACCUACUUGCAUUGCAUUUUGGGCCAUACAAGUAUUGGGUCAAGGUUUUGUCACAUAAUGUGGAGUUCAAUACUGACUGCUUGUCAUGCAUUAGAUUUGUAAAGUAGUCUUUGGUAUAUGGAUUGCAAAGAAAAAAGGUAAAUAAUUAUGAAAAAGUGAAAAGUAUAAAAAAAAAAAAAAAAAUCUGUGUAAUAUAUUAGUUAAAGAUGGAACCUACUCAUAUGUAGAAUUUUGGCAGAAGCAACUGCAGCCUUGACCCAGCAGAUGGGCCCCUCAGGUGUUCCACAAGCUGUCAACUCCUCAUGACUACCUCACUGUUAGACUUAAGGAACAAGUAUUAAUUUCUUGUUAUGUUGAUAACAUAUAUAGCAUAUUUUAGCAUGCAAUCUGGUGCUGUUUAAGCACAUUGGAGAUGAAAAUCUUUUAGGCUGUAUAAAUUUCGCCUAGCGUUAGUGGUAGGUUCCCUUUUAAUAUAAUAAAAAGAAACGGGUGUAUCAUGCAAAAUUUAUCAGUUUUGUUUUCAGUAUAGGUUGUGUCACUGUGUGACUUUAAUUGACUUUAGUGCACAGCCAGCAUAGCUUGCUAAUGUUUGAUAAGUGUUGUUGAGCUGAUUAAACACUGUGGCAUAA